AUGGCGACCCCGCUCCACGACACCAACCCAGGUACCGUCCAGCGCUCGCCCUGGAAGGCUGAAGCCAUCCGUCGCGGCCGCUUGAGGAUCAGCGGCCCGCUGCCCGUCGCCGACUCCGCCGACCGUCCCGCCUCCAAGCGCCACGCCACGCCUACCGAGGACACCGGCUUCGCCACGAGCAGAACUCCCGAGCUGCCCGAAAUCGACGAGGAAGAUGCUAAGCCCAUCCGUCACAAGCGCUCCUCCACCGCUUUGGCCGAGUCGAACCGCCCCGACUACCACAACCACAAGCCCGUCGGCACCUCAUUGGCCUCGAGACCGAGCAAGCGCCAAAAGCGCGGCUCGCUCAGAGCCACGCUGAAGAAGAUUUUCAGCAAGAAGAGCAGUAGAGAUGACACGAGCAGCAUCUUGCCAACGCCGCAUGAGCACCACCACAGCGAACCUGUGGUGGUAGACAGGUCAUCGCCGCAGAGACCCUUGACUCCGCCCAAGUCCGAAACCCCCAAAUCCUCCCACUCGAACGAGCUUUCCUUCCCUGUACAAACAAUUCGGCCCCGCGAUCCCCUGGGCUCGCACCUCCCGUUCCCAAUGAAUGUCAAUGCACCGCCGCAAGACGAUGGUGCCGAUCACGAAUAUAUCAUGUUUAACCGCCCGGCGCUGGCUCACCGACGGCGCGCUACGCUGCCCAGCUUGAUUUUCUCAGCAAAUGACGUCGCUUCGAUGUCCGCCAUAUGGAGCGAGACCGGAACGCGGGUAACGGCCACGGAUGACCAAAGCCUAGUGCACGAAAACGAAAUCGGUGUUGCCGUAACAAGCAUGCACCAGCAACCGCGCAGAAAAUCCAAUCGUCGAUCAAGAAGUGCUGGCGCACUGGAGGAGUUGAGAAGAGCGCAGGAGCGGGCAUCCUCGUUGAGAGCGAGUGUGGAAGGCACUUUUUGGCGGCAAAGCGGAGAUACACAAGAAGACCCUGAUCCGCACGAUCCGCACGAUCCUUUCCUCCACCACUCCGUGACUGAACAAUUAUUGAAUGGUGAAGAGGAGGGCGCAGCGGAAACCAUGGCGCGCAGUCGCGAUCACAGCAACGAGACGGUGACAGCGAGGAGACGCCAUCCCUCCCCACGCGAAGGGGAGUCCCAGGGAUUUGUUUUUGGGCCUUUUACGGGUGGAGCCGACAGUCCUGCAGCGCUUGAAGCUGCUGGCGAGCCGGUCGAACCGCCACUCAUCACGCUGGAUGAGCGUAUGGAGCGCCUCGAAAGCAACAUGCGCUACUUUGACCAGUCGCUCCGCCGCCUGUUGAACGGCAACAACAUCCGCCAAUCCGUCAUUCUUGAAAAGGCGCCCAAGGGACGACGCGAUCCAUCUCCUGAUCGCACCGGUUCUGCGCACUCCUCUGUCCGCUCGCAGCCCUCUCUCCGCCGUCCGUCGGCUCCUUUUACUGAGGCUACGACGGUCCAGGCCUCUGAACCCGUUUCCGCAUCCUCGUCGCCCGCAUACCCGCCCACAUCCUACCCAGCUUUCAAAAGCAGAGGGAAGACGGACAAGACACCGCCUUUCACUUUCCCCUAUCCAUACAACGAACCGCCAUGUCCUCUACGCCAAUCCUCCCGCAAGACCUCCAUGCCCAACCUCGUCAACUCUCCGAGCAUGACAACCAUGUCCAGCGCUCCAACCAUGGUUGCCACCGCCACCGCGACUACUGGGAUUUACGCUGGGCCUGGUACGCCCAUGACACUGGGCAACACUGACCGCCUCACGACGCUGUACACACUGCUCUACCAGGAACGCUCUGCGCGCAAAGAUCUCGAGGCGCAAGUGCAAACGCUGCAGGCUGAAAUGGACGACCUACGCAUCUUCGUCGGGAACAACACCCGCGUCAGGGGCGCGACAGCGUACCCGACGCCGAGCCCCGAUCAGCUGCUGCGGUGCGAAUACGAUGCGCCCAACGAUGUGCGCAAGAGCCAUUUCAGUGUCGAGAGCGGCGAAGAAGAGGAAGAGAAGGAAGGCGAAGACGAAGAUGAGGAGCGCGGACGCGUGCGCAGCGCAGACAAGGGCCCCAGCCCGCUCCAGGACGAAGAUUCGAGCGGACCAGACGCGUGGCAAACGCCGUACGAGACGCCACGGCGGCACGAGAGCCCGGAAGCGUACAACUACGAGCUUGCGGCUGCCGACAUGCCCGCGAUUCCGGUCAGGGAGCCCGUCGCCGGCGGCGCGCAGUGCGCGGUCAACGCGCUCUGA